GUUAUCCAUCUGCUCCCAGUCCCAGCCGACGCUCGUCGUCUUCGCUGCUCCGACGACCCCGCCUUUCACGAUGCUCUCUCCAUGGCACUCCCUCCUCUCCCCGACCGCGCCUCCCGCCACGGAGGCACGGUCACCGCUGCAUCCACCGAACCGCUCCCUGCACUCCUCCCUUCGGUCACCGCCACCGCGUUCCGUGGCGGCGCGGGCUGCCCCCACGCUCUCCGCCACCGCAACGGCCGUCUCCUCCUCGCCGCCCUGUCCGAAGAAGAAGGUUCUCGUGCCCAUCGCCAUGGGCACGGAGGAGAUGGAGGCGGUCAUCCUCGCCGGCGUCCUCCGGCGUGCCGGCGCCGACGUGACGCUGGCCUCCGUCGAGGAUGGCCUCGAAGUGGAGGCGUCCUGCGGCUCCCGCAUCGUCGCGGACACGCACAUUGCCUCCUGCGCCGACCAGGUGUUCGACCUCGUGGCUCUCCCGGGAGGAAUGCCUGGUUCAGUGCGUUUGAGAGACAGUGAUAUCCUUCAGAGGAUCAUGGUUCGUCAGGCUGAGGAGAAAAGACUGUAUGGUGCUAUAUGUGCUGCACCUGCAGUUGUUCUAAUGCCGUGGGGUCUCCACAAGAGAAAAAAGAUCACCUGUCACCCAUCUUUUAUAGGAUAUCUCCCUACAUUCCGAGCUGUCGAAUCAAAUGUUCAGGUUUCAGGAGAGCUCACUACAAGUCGUGGGCCAGGGACAUCAUUCCAGUUCGCUUUAUCAUUUGUUGAGCAAAUGUUUGGGCCUCAUGCAGCUGAAGAUGUGGACAGAGUUUUGAUGACACAAAUUGAUGGUGACCUUGAAAGGAGCACAGAAGUCAAUGAACUUGAGUGGUCUGUUGAUCACAACCCUCAUGUUCUAAUUCCAAUCGCAAAUGGGUCAGAAGAGAUGGAGAUCAUAAUUCUGGUUGAUGUUUUAAGACGAGCAAAGAUAAAUGUGGUAUUGGCCUCAGUUGAAAAAUCUCCAAAUAUUGUUGGAUCUCAAAGGAUGAAGAUUGUUGCUGAUAAAAGCAUUAUGAGUGCGUCUGAUUCAAAUUACGAUCUAAUUAUUCUUCCUGGAGGAACUGCUGGAGCUGAGUGGCUGCACAGGUCAAGAAUCCUGAAGAAGUUACUCAAAGAACAAAAACAAGCUGGCAGGAUGUAUGGUGGGAUCUGUUCUUCUUUGAAGAUCUUGCAGCAGCAAGGUUUACUCGAGGAUAAAAUAGUGACAGCUCAUCCUGAUGUAGCCAAUGAGCUCACAUGCCAAGUUAUUGACCAAUCAAAGAUUGUGAUUGACGGGAAUUUGAUUACUGGGAAGGGGAUUGGGACAGCUGUUGAUUUUGCCCUAGCUAUCAUCAGGAAAUUUUUUGGCCAUGGACGAGCCAAAAGUGUGGCGAAUGGAAUAGUUUUUGAGUACCCUAAGAGCUGAAACACCAAGAAUUGCUGAAACUAUGACAUAUGCAACACAUUUAUGGUUGUAAUCGAAGACCUGGCUAUCUGUGCUCCUUAAAAAAGUGACCUGACGCUUUUGGGACAGCAAGAGAGUCCUCUAUUGUUGCCUUUCUGGACAGCUGGACUGAAAUUUCCAGAUCCACUAUAUAUGUUGGGAUGGACCAAAUUUACACUGGGAAGCUUCAGUGGAAGUCAUUUGUUGGUGGAUAAAUGACAGAGUGAUUACUAACUGAAGCAGCAUAUAUCUGUAACUUGAGGUCAACAACAAUCUGGUGACAUCUCACUAUCGAAAUAAUGCACGUACCCUUCUCAAGUGCUUAGGGCUUGUUUGGCAGAGCUCCCGGAGCAACUUCCAGGCUCCCUUUUCAGAGGGCAGAGAAGUGAUUCUAGGAUGAUUCCAUAAUGUGAUUCUCUUAAAUGAACUAAUGAACUAGAAGGGUUGGAAGCUGAAAAAAUUAUGCGCAUCCAGAGGAAACUUAACUGUCUUCAGUGCGCCUGUAUUGGUUUGGAGGAAAUUUCCUGCGGUUUGAAGCCCUUAAAUGUUGCUUUGUACAAUCCGCGCAUUCGUCUGAGAAGCUUAUCUAACUCUGCACGUUCCCAAAUACUGGAUUUUAUGAGUGCAAGCUAACAAAAGAAUCAGUAUUUGCUUAAAUUGGAACUUGCGCAUCGCGUUUUUUAAUGAUAAGUUGUUUUGACCUCACUUGAUGUGUAUUACUAAUUUAUCAGUAGUCGUUUUGACCUCUCUGUGUACUGCUGAUGCAUUGUGUUUGAGCGGGACAUGAGCUCCACACGGGUGAUGUUACUGAAUUUAGCAGUUA